AUGGAUCGCUUCACAACUCUCCUGUCAUCUGCUGAACUUGCCGUACAGGACCUCUACAAAAGGGAGAAACUCUGCCGUGAAAACGUUGAUCAGCUGACCGAGGAACAAUGGCAACUUCAGCUGGCUCAGCUGCGCUUGCAAAAAGAGCAAGUUAAAGCUUCAGCCAACUUGGUGGAACAACAACUUGGGCCAGUUCAAAGGCGCCUCAAACAAAUUAGAAGAGCUCGCAAGUUGCGCCGAAAGAACCGAGCACUACACAAACAACUUGUGAAGGCGGCUGAUGACGAACACAACAGGCGAGUACAAUUAACAUUCAAGCAGCAAACAGAAAAAGAAAAAGCAAGACGAGAACAAUUCGAACUUGAUCAACUUGAUCGUGAAGAUGCUAACUGUAUGCUGAAUGAAAUAUUACGAAAGAAGAAAGACCUGAUAGCGUUUCACCAGAAAGUAAUUUCCCUAGAACAGUACCAAUUAGUAGCAACUCAAUCCGAGUCGGGGCCUUCGAGUAAAAAUCCCGAUGCAUUUUUUCAGCUAAAGGAAAGCAUCAUCAAUCGGCUUGUGCAGUAUAACAAGGAAGAAAACUACAUAAAGCAGGUGUUCAACAAAGCAACCACAUGUCAGGUCGAGAAGACAACACUCGACCAGGAGGCGCAACAGCAGGCUACGCUGAAGAAGCUGCUGAAGAAGCAUCCUGAUCAGUGGCAGAGCGCUUUCAUCGAUAAGAUAUUGCACAAAGAGGAGUUCGGUCCGGCAGCAGAAUUUGAUAGCAUUCCUGCAGAAUGGAGCAAGUAUGUGUCUGCCAGUACGAUUAGUUGCGAUCUUCCGACUGAAAACCACAGCCAACCAACAACGUCAGCCAGUGAAGUGUUCAUCGUCGCGGCGAAGCGAACUCCCAUCGGCGCCUUCCAGGGAAAGCUCGCCUCGCUGCAGGCCACCCAGCUGGGCUCCAUUGCCAUUCGAUCCUGUCUGGAGCAGGCGGGCAUCUCCGGUGAGCACGUCGACGAGGUCAUCUUUGGCAAUGUCCUCUCCGCCGGUGAGGGCCAGACGCCAGCUCGUCAGGCGGCCCUCAAUGCUGGCAUCAGCAAGACGACGCCCUGCACCACCAUCAACAAGGUCUGCGCCUCGGGCAUGAAGGCCCUGGCCUGGGGAACGCAGACGAUCAUCGCCGGCGACAAUGACGUCGUCGUGACGGGCGGAAUGGAGAGCAUGUCCAAUGUGCCUUACUACCAGACUCGAGGCGCCACGCCGUAUGGUGGCAUCAGCAUGGUGGACGGCAUCGUCCAGGACGGCCUCACUGACGCCUUUGAGAAGAUCCACAUGGGCCUGUGCACUGAAAACCUGGCGAAGACCUUUGCAAUUAAUCGAGAGGACACGGACGAGUUCGCCAAGCAGUCGUAUCUGAAGGCGGCCAAGGCUCGUGACAGUGGCAUUCUGGCGAAGGAGAUCACCCCGGUGAAGAUACCGGGCAGGAAGGGAAAGCCAGAUGAGAUUGUUGAGGUGGAUGAGGAGAUUUCCAAGGUGAGCUUCGAGAAGAUGCCUCACCUGAAUCCGUGCUUCCAGCGAGAUACGGGCACCAUCACCGCUGCCAAUGCCAGCUCCAUUAACGACGGCGCCGCUGCCUGCAUUCUCAUGUCUGAGGCGGCAGUGAAGAAGUACAAUGCCACACCGCUGGCCAAGGUCAUUGCCUACGCUGAUGCUGCCAUCGAUCCCAUCGAUUUUGGCAUUGCACCCGCUUACGCCAUUGAAAAGCUGCUGAACAAGGCACACGUGCACAAGUCGGAAAUUUCCCACUGGGAGCUGAAUGAGGCGUUCA